AUUCCGAUUAAAGAAGAAAUGGAUGAGUCAAAUGCCACAUUCAAUCCAUCAGUACUCAUUGCACGUACACGUACCGAAUCGGUAAUUGACCGUUCGUCACCUUACAAUAUUAUUGAAACAAGUACCGAUGAAGAAGACAAUGAUGACGAUACCGAAAGUACUAGGUCAGCGAAGUCCUUGGAGAUUGACCAUGAGAGUAUAUUAAAUGAAGAAAAAGAACACUUCUCUCCAACACCGAGCUUGACAUCAGGAGCAGAUGUCUACAUGGACGCUAUGGAUGAUUUUGAUGAUGGUCAAUCAGAUGGCUCGUUAACACCAAUACACUAUGGAUCAUUUUCCAAGGAGACGAUCGAUUUAUUUGCCGCAAAUAUACAUCGAAUUGAUAAAGAUGUAGCCAGAUGUGACCGAAAUUAUCCGUACUUUAUGAAUUUAAACAAUCUGAAAAAAUUACGAAAUAUCAUGUGCACAUACGUCUGGAAUAAUUUAUCUAUUGGUUACAUUCAGGGCAUGUGCGAUCUUGUUGCCCCACUAUUAGUUCUCUUCGACGAAGAAGUCAUGACUUAUAGUUGCUUUUGUCAUGUAAUGAAACGUUUGUUGCCAAAUUUUCCACAUGGCACCGGCAUGGAUGAACAUUUCGGACAUAUGCGUUCAUUAUUACAAAUCCUUGAUUUCGAACUCUACGAACA